UCCCGUGGGUUGGUUUAUUUGUGGAUUUUAAGGUCUCUUUGGGUCCCAGAGCAGGUGUGAGUGCUACAGGAGCACAUUUGCCCUCCAUUCAGCUUUUCUGGUGCGGAAGUAUGAUAAAGAACAAUAAGAAACUAAAUUCCCAAGAUGGCUCAACAAAUGCUAUCACAAGUAACAAUGUCAACAAACAGGCCAAUAGCCUGGCUCUCUUCUGCCAACCAAAUGCCCCAAAUAGCUUUUCAUUGUUCUUGGAAAGUUGUGUGCCCCCUGUUGCAUUGAGGCAUUUUGGGAGUCUGCCGCUUUUAGGCCCUGUCUCCCUCCAGCCGGCACAGAUAAAGACUCAGUUGGCACUGCACCAGCUGAAUGCAAUUGCUGGCACAAGCGUCAAUCCGCCUGCAAUUGCUUCACCUGCUUUGACCUUGCUCAACUUGCUUAAGGUCACCAUGUCACAUCCAUUAUAUAAUCCCCGUGGAAGGCCGUUCCACAGUGGUCAGAGACCCGUUAUGCCUGGCCAAUAUGGUCUUGGGUCACAGCCUCGAAUGGAGCUGGGGGCAGCCCGUCUUGGCCCAGGUUCCAUAUCCAGUUCUCGCGGAGGAUUGAUGGUCAACCAGCCCUUCUCACUGGGACAACGCCAGUCGCAGAUUUCCCCAGAUCUCGAAGCCGCCAUAGAUCGGAACCUUCGGGGAGCCCGUGAGGAAGUUCGCCUUCUCACUCAAAUGCUCCAGCAACCCAAAAAAGCAGAUCCCCGUAUGAGAGAGGAUGCAAGGGAUGAAGCGAUUUCCUCCGGGAGCGGCUUUUCAGGGACUUCGCGAUCUGAUGAGGUGGACUGGUCCAUAUACCAAUCCCCAGGCAAGCUCUUUACAUCUUCAGGUUUGGAUCGUCCUUCCAGUUCUUCACAGCUAUUCCAGUCAACAGGAUUUGGUGGAGGAUCAAGUGGUUUGGACAGCCAGCGACCACCAGGACAGCGGCCUUCACGCUACACCUCCGAAAGUGCCAGCAGUAUCCUUGCAAGUUUUGGACUUUCCAAUGAGGACCUAGAACUUCUAAGCCACUAUCCAGAUGAUAAGCUGACCCCUGACAACCUACCGUUUAUUUUACGAGACAUCCGAAUGCGUAAAGCGAAGAGGGACGUUGAUGCGAGAUCUGAAUACAGCAAAGUUAUUGACUAUGGACAUUCUAGUAAAUUUGGCUAUCCUGAGGAGAGCCCGGAUGGCUAUGCAAGUGAACACCUGCCUAAAGAGUCACCAAAGUAUGUGAGGAAGGUCUCUGGACCACCCUUCAGUGGCAUGGACAUCACAAAGCAUCCUCAGCCGUGUCAACCAGCUCCAGGCCCUGUACAAGUUCCAAAGCUUCAGAAACCUCCACUAGUAGAUCCGAGACCCACUAAGAAGAUUCCAGCGAGACCAUCUGCUUCCCAGCCUAUUCUGCCACCUUCCAGUCGACCUCCUUCGCAGAUUCCACCUCAACUUGGUGUUCUUCCUUUGAUGACCAUUAAUACUAUCACCGGAGGUCCGAAUGCUAACUGGAUCCCGUUCCUUUCACCUCCAAUCAGCCUGCCCGCCACGAAGAGGCUUCCAACUCCGACCAUGAUGAACGAUUACUCUGCAGCUACUCCAAGAAUCUUUCCUCAUACAUGCUCUCUAUGUAACAUUGAAUGUAUCCAGAUUAAGGACUGGCUUGAACAUCAGAACACAAAUCUUCACAUUGAGAGUUGUAGACGUCUUAGGCAACUAUAUCCUGACUGGAAUGUUGAGGCUGUCUCUGUUACAAGACCUGAGCCCAAAUCAGACCACAGCAGCUCAAAGCGGCACACCCGAUCGCACUCGUACUCCAGAUCCCCUAGCCCGAAGCGGCACCAUGACUCCUCAAGCCGUCGUAAACGAUCGCGUUCACGCUCCCACUCCCCCUCCCGAAGCCCUAGAAGGUACCGGCGUUCCAGAAGUCACAGCCGAUCCCCCCAUAGGAAAUCUCGAGUCAGUCCUUACAGACGGAGGUCCCGUAGUCCACCAUCUCAACGGUCAAGGUCUCCAGUUUACAGUAGGCGCUCUCCUGUACGCCGUUCAAGCCCCCGUCGGAGCAGCCCCUCCCGUCAGCAGAGAUCUAGCAGUAGUGAACGACUGGCCAUGAAACUCAUGUCUUCAACUGAGCUUUCCUCUAUCACAGACAGUAAUACUUUGAAGGCUGUGGUGAAAUCCUUGGCACCAGCCCUGCUUGCUGAGCUAGCAAAGAAGAAAAGUAGUUCCACUACUUCCUCGUCAAAGGGAUGCAGCAGCAGUAGUUGGAAACGGUCUUCCCCUCCUAAGAGAGCUGAGUACUCCAAGUCAAGCAGAACCUCCACCUCAAAGUCCUCCAGCACUCCAAAGCUAAGAGCCAAGGAUGCCCCUGGCACAUCUUGUUUGUUGAGGCUCAUGCGAAUUCCUUUUGGGACUACAAGCAAAGAACUGACUGAUGCCAUUGAACCUUUUGGCAAGAUUUAUACUGCCAUCCUCCUCAAGGCGAUUAAUGAGGCCUCAGUGUGUAUGGAGAGAGAGGAGGAUGCCAAAGCUUUGCUCAACUGUAAGAACCUGACAAUUCGUGGACAGGUUAUUAAUGUCUGCAUGGAGAAGGAUGCAAGAAAUGAUGAUGGGAGAAAAUCUGUUAAGACCGAAAAACCUGUUAAGAAAAAAGAGGUGACUACAACAAAACCAACCCAAUCAGCAAAAGUAAAGAGUGCAAACCCAGUGAAGGCACCUCAGUCAGCUAAAGCUAAAGAGGCAACAGGUUCCAAGACAUCUCAAUUAACCAAGGGAAAAUCCAGUGUCCCCAAAAAGACUGUACAGACAGCUAAAGCUAAACUCCCUGCUAAGGGUUCAGAGACAGCAGUUGUUGCCAAGAAGUUAGUAAAGAAGGAAAUACCCUGGAGAAAAAAUAUAGUUGAGAUUACGAAUCUUCCAGAGGAAGGGGUUACUGAGGAUGAUCUCACCAACCUUGCUAAACCAUAUGGCUUCGUUGCAACUCCUGUCAUAGCAUUCACUCAACAAAAGGGGAACUUAGCAAACCCUCCUGGUACAACAGCAGCGACAAUAAAAAAACGUAAUACCGUCAAAGCCCAGAAGCCAGUGGCUGCAGCAACAGCUUCUGCUGCAUCUACUGCAGAUGUCACAAAGGACAAAGCUCCAAAAACAGCUGCUAUUAUUGUGGCUAAAGCAGAGGAAAGUAUUGUUUCAAGCAAAAGUUUGAAAGAAAGUGUUGGUGAAGAAAAGGUGAAUGCUGAUACAGCUGCAACUAAAAUUUCUGCAGUUCCCAAAGACCUUACUGUUGAUGCGUCUGCUAAUGCGGAAACAGCUACUCCUGAGAAUAAAGCAAAGAAGGAUAACCAAGUUGUUAAUGAAACUGUCAUGAAAACCCUUGAGGCUGAAACUCUGAAAAAAGAGCAUGAAGCUGGAUCCUCAGUUCCCACGACAGAAUCUGAGAGUGAGAACAAGGAGCUUGAAGUUGAAUCCUCUGUUCACGCUUCGGAAUCUGCCGUUUCAGCUGAGUCUGGGAAAGCAGAGCUUAAAUUUGAAUCAUCUGUCUCUGCUUCAGAAUCUGCCGUUUCAGUUGAAUCUCCAAACACAGAGCAUGAAUUGGGAUCCUCUGUUCCCGCUACAGAAUCUGGAAAAACAGAGCUUGAAGUUGCAUCCGCUGUUUCCGCUUCAGAAUCUGAAGUUUCAGUUGAGUCUGGGAAAACAAAGCCUGAUAUUGCAUCCUCAGUUCCCUCAGGAGAAUCUGCUGUUUCAGUGGAGUCUGCAAAAGCAGAGCAUGAAUUGGCUUCCUUAGAAAAUUCCAUUUUAACAGACACAACUGAUCAGACAGGGAUUUCGUUCAAGAUAAAUGAUCAGAAUGUGCUGCAGGCUGAAGAUGUUCCCAAAGAAUUGGUUCCUACAUCUGUGGAAGAAAGCAAAAUUGACAAUGAAAAGUUAGAUGACGACGAUAAUGUUGAGUCCAAGUCACAAAUGGAGAUUGUUGCUUCAACUGUUAGCAGUGAGGAAACUGCAGUAGAGGCCAUGGAGACCCAGAGUCCAGAAGAACCUACCAAAGGCACUGAUGUCAGAGAGAAAGUUUUGGAAACACAUGAGCUCAAGAUAGAAAAUGAGGGCCAGGCCAAUGACUUGAGACCAACUGAACCUUUAGAGAUGGACAUCAAUCCUCAGUCUAAUAAUCAAACCGAACCUGCUGAAGAGCAUGUCCCUGCAGCUGUUGCAUCUGACUCCAUUCCACCCUUUGAUCCUGCUUCUGACCUACCCUCCACUUCUGAUCAAACUGUCAGUAAUUCUUCUGUCACAGUUACAUGUGCCUCAAACAGUCCUCAAACGGUGCUUGAGCCCUUCCAGAUUGACGACAAUUCUCUGGACUUUCCUCCGGUUACGCAGGAGAUUUUGAAGGCCCUUGAAUUAGCUGUCCAUCAGUGUCGCUUACAGUCUUCAUUAAAACGUGCUGAAGAAGAAGCCAAACAGAAGGCAGAGAUGGAGAAAAAAGCUGCAGAGAAGAAAACCACAAAAGGUCCAUCAAGCUCAAAGAAGCCUGCUCAAGCGAUCAAGAAGUCCACUCAAGCUGAGAGCAAAAAGAUUCAGGCCGAGAAAGAGAAAAAGUCUCAGAAGACCUCUUCUUUGUCUUUCCAGACUCUUGUAACCCUGGAUGAGGCCAAGGGUGACGAUGAGGAGAUUGAGGAAGUGGAGCAUAGUGAAGACAAGCCAACCACCACAACACCAAUCAUACCAGAGGAGCCGGUGAAAUCACCAAGCCAAGAAGAGGAUGCCUGUGACUUUGAAGAACUCCGCAAGAUGAACUUUGUAACUGUGGAUGAAGUAGGGGAGGAGGAAGAGGAACAACCACCCAGUGAAGAUGUCAAAGAGGAGAAACAAGUUAAAAAGAGAGCUACAAGGGCCAAAAAGAGAGCACGCCAGAACCCAGUGAGGAGAUCCACAAGAGGUAAAAGAGGGGUGACAAAGAGUGCUGAAGAAGCAGAGGAGCCCGAGACAAAUGCGGAGUGUGAACCAGAGGCAGCUGCUUCCAUAAGUGAGAGUCCUCCUGCAGCUGUAGAAUCCAUGGUUCUUGAUGUUAAGCCAGAACCGCAAAAGGCUGAAACCUUGAAAGUUCCAAAUUCAUCGGCUGCAGUGGUCACUGCAGAGGUCUCUUCAGGGUCAGAAGAGGACAAGACGAGAGCUAAAGAUGAUGGCAACUCUGCAAAGUCAGAAAGUGAUACUGUUGACACACCAGUCUCUGGCAGAAAAUCCACAAUCAAAGAAGAGUCCAAGCAAAGGCGGGAGACGGAGCCGACACAGGAACCAGAAGCUAAGAAGGCCCACUCUCAUUCCCCUGUGUUUGAAGACUUCACCUUGCCCCCGUUUAACCCAGACAAUCCCAUUGGGGUUGACUUUGUGGUGCCCAAGACGGGUUUCUUCUGCAGACUCUGCUCUUUAUUCUAUGGCAAUGAGGAAACUGCUAAGAAAAGUCACUGUAGUAGCCUAAAGCAUUACCAGAACAUGGAGAAAUACUGCAAGAAACUCAAGUCUCAGAAGCAGGGUGGCUGCUCAACACAGACAAUGCCCAGUCAUGGUUCUGCUUCUGAAUAGCCCCUAUUAAGAGCUUUUUUCCUUUGUAUUAAUGUUAACAGAUGGGUCCAGUUGUUUUGUUGUAAAGGUUUAUUAUUAUUUUUAUUUUUCUUGUUUAGAAUGAAAUGCAUUGGCUCAUGCUAAAUAAAGAUUACAUAUAAUCAGA